GAGCUGGAUGCGCUAGGACCGCGGGGACCAGAGCGCAGACGGAGACGGAAUGGGCGCACUUGGGGUAGUGCUAAGUGAGUUUGAGUGUGACAGAGUCAAGCAGGCAAAAACCGCUAGAUUUUGGGAAUUACACAGGAGCCGAUCAAGACCAACUCAUUUUCUUGCCCGAAUUAAUAGUUUCCCCCCGUUUGAAUUUCUGAAAAGACGCGUUUGAGAGAAGUCAGUGGAGACCUCCGGAAUAGACGGAGACACUGAGGAAAACUUUUAAAAGCAGCGAAACAACUGGAAAAAAGUUUGUGAAUUAUACUUUUUUCCUGUACUUCUUCAUACAGAUGUCAGCGUUGCUCUGUGGCUGCUCAGACUUGAAUCUCAUCAACCCCUGGAUUAAUUUUUAGAGGGGGGAUAACGGUAAUCUGGACACUCCCAAGUGUCCCGAAAGUGAUGGAAAUCUUACAGAGAUAUUAAUACGAGCUUCAGCUUUUUAAGACAGAAUAUUGCGCGUUUAGGUGUUUCAGACGUUUGGAAGGACACACAGAGGCUAUCCUUCGGAUUUUUUUUUUUUUACCAUUUGGACCAAAAGGAGUUGUGCGCCCAAGCUGCCAUGACAUAACGGGACACUCUUGGAAAAUCAAGCGUGCUGAAUAUUUCUGGAAUGACCGGAUGAUGUGCGUUCAUUGUUGAGCGGAGUAUCUCCAAGUUUGCCAUUCAUUCAAGAGCUGAAAUAACUUCCUCUCCCUUGUCCUCCUCAACCUCCCCCCCUCCCCCUGGAAGCUUCAUGGUGGAGAUAUGGGAUGACUGGAGGCGGGGGUGCAGCUGAGGUGAGAUCCAGCCGAAGGACAAUGUUUGCGCCCGGCGUUGGCAUCCCUCCGCUGCCGGGGCGUCUGGUACUGAUGCUGCUCCUGCUGUCCGCCUGCGAGCCGAGGCUCUCCAAGGCUUGUCCCGGGCUGCUCGCCUCCACCAGCGGCUGCAGCUGCGCGGACGAGCGGUCCAAAGCGCACGGCAUCCAGGCUGUCGGGAGAAGGGUCAGCUGCAGCAAGGGGGAGCUGUCUGAGCCUCCGGAUGCCAGCCUGCUCCCUAACAGGACCGUCACUCUGAUCCUGAGCCACAACAAAAUCGGAAUUCUGAGCAAUGGAUCCUUCUUUGGACUUUAUGCUUUGGAGAAGCUGGACCUCAAGCACAACUUAAUCAGCACCAUCAAGCCCGGAGCUUUCCAAGGCCUGUCUGAGCUUCGGAAACUCGACCUAUCCAACAACCGCAUUGGCUGCCUAGCUGCAGACAUGUUCCAGGGGCUGACCAAUCUCACUAAACUGAACCUCUCUGGCAACAUCAUAUCGACCAUGGAUCCAGGAGUUUUUCAGGAGCUGCCGUCCCUCAAGCUAGUGAAUUUCAAUUCAGAAUACCUGUCCUGUGACUGUGGCUUGCGCUGGGUCCCGGGCUUCUUUCGCGGCAGUUCAGCCCGACUGGGGGACGAAACCCUGUGUGCCUACCCGAGCAACCUGAGGGGAAAGCCCCUGCGUGGACUAAGGGAAAGCCAGCUGAGCUGUGAUGGUCCUCUGGAGCUGCACACCCUGUCGCUGCUGCCGUCCCAGCGUCAGGUAGUCUUCAAAGGCGAUCGGCUGCCCUUCCACUGCACUGCUGCCUUGGUGGACAAAAUCACUACCUUGCACUGGCGCCACAAUGGUCAGCUGGUGACCUCUGACCCAGAGAUGGGUGUCCAGCUGGAGGACAGCGUGCCGCAUGACUGCACCUUCAUCACCAGUGAGCUUAUUCUGUUCAAUGUACAUGUGGAGGCCAGUGGAGAGUGGGAGUGUGUGGUUUCUACUGGGCGGGGAAACACAUCUCGCAGUGUUGAAAUAGUGGUGCUGGAGAACAGUGCCUCCUUCUGUCCAGAGGAUAAAGUUGUCAACAACCGGGGGGAGUUCAGGUGGCCAAGAACUUUGGCAGGCAUCACCUCCCAUCAGUACUGCCUGCAGCUGCGUUACCCUUCCCUGUCUAUGGAGGGGGGUAUGGAGCAGAAAAAAGCCUCUCGUUACUGUGACCGUUCUGGAAAGUGGGAGGAAGGCGACUAUUCAAACUGUCACUACACCAAUGGCAUCACCCGUGUCCUACAUACCUUCAUUCUGAGGCCUAUCAAUACAUCAAAUGCCGUCACUGUGGCACAUCAGGUACACACAUACACCUUGGAGGCUGCAGGCUUCACCGACUCAGUGGAUGUGCUUUAUGUUGCACAAAUGAUGGAGAAGUUUAUGGAAUAUGUCAGACAGCUGAGAGAGUUGUCUGUGGUGUUGGUAGAGAUGGGCAGCAACCUGAUGCAGGUGGACGACCAGAUCCUCACUCUUGCCCAGAGAGAGAAGAGAGCCUGCAGUUCCAUUGUCUUCUCUUUGGAGACUCUGGCCUGGCUUCAGCUACACAGCCAUGCUCAAGACUUCUCUAUGGUGUCUAGGAACAUUGUGAUGGAGGCCCAUUUAAUUCGACCAGCCCACUUCACUGGUAUAACCUGCACUGCAUAUCAGCGUCGUGAGGUCUUAACAAACAGUCUUGGAAUGGAAAUGCAGGAGUCUGCCCAUGAACAACAGCUUCGUUUUCGCUGCAGCACUGGCUCGCAUAACACCUCUCUGAACAAUUUCACCUCACAGAAUUUAGUAGCCCUGGCCUCUGUGACUCUCCCUGCUAAUCUGUUUCCUCCUGAUGCUCCUGCAGACUGUAAGCUGCAGUUUGUAGUCUUUAGGACAGGCAGCUUUUUUCCACUGUCUGGGAACUCAAGCAACACUGGGGAACAUUCUCGUAGACGUAGUGUGAACACUCCUGUCAUCUUUGUAGGCCUAGACGGCUGCAGCAUGUCGAACCACUCAGAACCCAUCUGGGUGUCACUUCGCCACUUAUCACCUGGCACUGAUGCCAUGGCAGCCCAAUGGAGCCUGAAGGCACUGGACAAGCAGGGAGGCUGGAGCCAGGAGGGCUGUCAACUGGUCCACAGUGACAGCAGCACCUCCACGAUGCGCUGCUCUCUGCUUAGCAACUAUGCAGUGCUGCAGGAGGUGCCAGACUUCCCCAACUCUACAACCAUCUCUGUGAGGGUGCUCCACCCUGUGGUAUAUGCCUGUACUGCAGUGCUCCUCCUUUGCCUCUUCACCAUCAUCAUCACACACAUACUUCACCACAGUUCCAUUCACGUAUCAAGAAAAAGCUGGCACACAUUACUGAAUACCUGCUUCCAUAUCGCCAUGACAACGGCCAUCUACGCAGGAGGCAUAAGCUUGACCAGCUACCCAGUCGUUUGUCAAGCUGUGGGAAUUGCACUGCACUACUCCUCGCUGUCAACCCUGCUGUGGAUCGGAGUCAGUGCCAGGGUCAUCUACAAAGAGGCUGUGUGGAGAAUGCCUCGGCAGCCGGAGGGAGAGUCACCUGUUCCACCUACUCAGCGACCUAUGCUCAGGUUCUAUUUGAUAGCUGGUGGAGUUCCUCUUAUCAUUUGUGGGAUCACUGCAGCUGUCAAUGUCAGCAACUACGGAGACAACAGCCCUUACUGCUGGCUGGUGUGGCGCCCCAGUCUGGGGUCUUUCUUUGUCCCGGCUGGCCUGGUGGUGUUGGUGACCUGGAUCUAUUUCCUGUGCACUGUGUUUCGCCUGAGGCACCGUGUGGCCAAAGAAUGCACAGGAACCACCUUGUCCUCUCCUGUGACUGAGAGCCAGCCUGCACUGGCUGGAAGCACUAGCCUUCUCUCCACAGAUUCAGUGGUGGGCCCUAUAAACCCUGUUGUGGCUCUAGAGGACCAGUACUCACUGAAGACACAGUUCUUGGUGCUGGUGGCCACCCACUUCCUAUUUGUGGUUCUGUGGUGUUGUGGAGCCAUGGCAAUGUGGCUGACAGGACACACUAGCUUGUUGUUUAGCUGUCUCUAUGGGAUGGCUGCCACAGUUCUGGGGGUGUUUCUGGUGGUGCACCACUGCUUCCGACGUCUGGAUGUGCAAGCCUCAUGGCUGGCAUGCUGCCCAGGCUAUCGCCGCUCACAUCCUAUGUCUACUUACACACACACCUGCACUACUGUGAGUGGAGUACAGACCUCUGAGCAGGGAUCCCAACUCUUCAUCAACUGCCAUCCACCUGGUGACUCACAUAACUCCUCGUCAGCUAGGUCAUCAUCCACACCAAGUGGGAUCAGUAGCGUGGGCCCGGGGCCCUGCAAGCUCACCAACCUGUUGCAGGUGGCACAAGAUAAUCCAAACAACACUUCACGUGCGCCUGCGGGUAACAACACUAGCACCAGUACUGACAACAUCACCAAGCCAACAAACAAUAUUCUGCCCACCAUUAACUCUGCGGCACCAGUGCAUCCCCAGAGAAGGAAAGUGAGUAGCAGAACUAAACAAGGGAGCAGCCAAUAUCACCAUCGGGGUGAGGGCAGAGGUCACUAUCGUCUCAAAGCUCUAAGGACAGCUGGAGGUGGGGGCAGCCUUGGAGCUUUAGGUCCCACAGGUUUAGAGCACCUCAGUUCUUCACACACAGUUUAUAAACAGGCCACGAGUGAGAAUGGCAGUAUCCAUCACAGCCUCUCAGAGAGCCAGGCCAGCCCGCUGACGAAUGGGAAGCGGGUGGGAGAGUCAGUGGCCACCAGCCCGUCAGAGGGAAGUGAUGGGGGCAGCAGCGGGAGCCGCAAACCCUUCCCCUUGCUACCCUCAAUGGCAAGCAGAGCAGCCAUGCACGGUGCCCAGAGACGAUGUGCCAGCAGAGACAAUUUGAAACUGGCGGCUGCUGCAGAGCGAGAAGCUAAGCGCUGCUCCUACCCUUUGAACAGUGUCACCACCACUACGCCGGGGGCCGCUGCCCCGAAUGGCACCCUGAAAAACUCAGUGCUAGAGCUGGAGCAGGACAUGAGUGGCACAGACCAAUCUCAAAGCUCUGUUGGAAUGAAGAGCAGUUUGUGGAAGAGCGAAACCACAGUGUAACCUAUACUUAUACAUGAACUUCUAUGCAUGACCUUAACAGACUCUUUAAUGAUUGGGUUAUGUUUUAAUGGUCUUUUGAUUAUAAUAAUUAUAUAAUUUAAGAUAUAAAAUCAUGAAGGCAUCCAGGACCCUAAACUGGUACUUUUGCCUUUGUAGCAUUGUAAGAGUUUGCUGUGAAAUGGUAAAAAAAAAUAAGAAGGCAUUUGUCAUUUUCAAAAAAUAAGAUACUCAUUCAUUUUAUCCAUUUCACAAAAAAAUGCGCAAGAAUGCUCUGAAAUUGGCAUAUGAUGUUGAUUUUGGAUGUCUAAUGAAAGCUUUAUUGUUUUAGUUGUGAUUUUUCUAUGCAUAUCAACUAUAGCAUGAAAUGGAAGGCAAGAUUGUCCUUUUCCAAAGUACAGCUAUAUGCAUUUAAUCUGUGGACAACCUUUCACCCUUAUGUUUGCUUCAAGUAAUUGUUUGCGUGUGCUCAUGUGCAUUUGUAUGUUCUUCAUGUGUGUGUGUGUGUGUGUGUGUGUGUGUGUGUGUGUGUGUGUGUGUGCAUGAGUGUGGGUGCACAGAAUCUCUGAGUGAAUUAAAAAAAAAGCUAUGCGAGACUUUUGAAUAUAUGGUGAAAAUGUUUCAUUUUUAUUUCUAUGUAUUCCCCUCGGCACUGACACAGAGCUCUUCAUGUCUAAUAAAAACAUAAGGAAUAAAAAUCAGGGGGAAAUAAUUAGCUUUUACAUACGCAGUAACUUGUAGUGUUCAAUCACUUUUCACUUCCAGAGGACUUAUUCUGGUCUAAUGCAAGAAUGACUGCCCCCUCCUGGAUGGCAGAGCAACAUUUCAGUCUGGGAGGGAUUAGAAAUGUGAGGCUUACUUUUAAGUAAAUCUUCUCACUAUGAUUUUAAAAGUAUUAGUAUGAAAAAUCUCUCAACAGUGUUCACAGAGCACCAGUUUUGAUCCACUUAUCUCAUAUCAGGGUCCUGACCAACAGCACUGCGUGAAGAUAAGCUUUUUAAAUCAAUUAAUUUGGAUUGUUGUCUUCAAAUUUUAGUAGACUAACAUAGACUUAAGCCAUACUUCUUUUUUUUUUCUUUUUACUUGUCAGUUUAGUACAUCUGCAAUCAGGAAAUUGCAUUUGCAGGAAAUAGUGUUUCUACUAUGCAGCUUAUUAUCACAUCUUUUGUCCAUUGUUCUUUGGAAGGAAGUCUUAUUGAAAUUCAGAAAACCGCAUACUGUAUGUCACUCUUAAGCGUUCUCGUAUAGUCAGUUUAUUGUGCAUAUUAUUACAUAUUGUGCAAUAUGAGCUUUUGAUCAAACCUCAGCAAAAUAGUAUUAAUGUAAAACAUGAAAAUUAUCCUAUAUUCCAUGUGUCCCGGACUUUUACUGAACUCAACUUCUCAUGAAAAACAUAAUAUGAGCAUUAAUAUAGACAUUUCUUAUUCAUAAUUCAGUAUGAAUUUCAAUAUCAUCAUGUGCAGGUACUUCAUGCCUGUGCUGUAGAGACACUUUAGACACUUUCUUAUGGCUGUGGCUGAGUUACAUAGGCCUAAUCUUGACUUUACGUCGUAUCAGUAAUGAUUUUGUUAACAAUUUCCAAAUUGUUGGCAAACCAAAUAUUUAUUUAAACAUUAUAAAACACUUUUUGGAAAAUUAUGCUAAUUCCUUUGUGGAUGAUUUUUCCUAAUGUGUGCCAAAAUGCCUGCUACACAGUAUGUUCAUGAAGUAUGAAGCAUUUGGCAAUCACUUUUUAAAUUAUUCAAAUUUCUAAUUAUCUAUUACUGAAUGUUAAAUUCUGACGAAUGUCUGAGGCUUUUUUACCUACCAAAACAUUCAGUCUGAAGUGUACUCUAUUUUGAAUAUUACACAAGCCUGCAAGAACCCAUGCAACUGUGAAAUGGUGAAAUAUUUGGUUCUUUAUUUUAUACUACAGUACUGAUCAACUACGUAUUUUGCCUGAAAUCAACCGCAGUAUCUUGAUGAAAUCCUGGUGGCCAGACCCAGCCAUAGAUAAUAAGAUGUCAGUGAGUGAUAGAAGAUUCAACAAUUUCAUCCUACUUAGUUCUGGACUACUUUGGGCAUUUGUGGGUUCACAUUUAGACCAUCUGACAUAAUUUGAUCAGCCAUAACCUGAAUGUACUGCUCUUAAGCUCCUUCAAACAAACAACACUACACACUUGGAAUCUUAGGGGAUCAGUUUUCAUGUGCCAAACUCUCCUUUAAAUAAGAAAAUGGGCAAUUUUUACAUGUGUAGAUACAGGCCUGCUCAUGUUUUACUCUCAUUUUGGAAACCUGUUUUUACUUAAGUAAUAUAUUUCUAAGAAACCUCAGACUCUGCCUUACAAUUUCAGAUCCAAAAUAAAGAGAGAACAAUUA